AUUUCUUCAGGUUUGCCCGUUGGAAGCCCUGUGGAAACAGGUGAUUCAGGGGCCGUAUACAUAUUUCACAGAAAUGGCAGCUACGCCCGAAAAUUCCUUAUUACGAGUAAGUGAAGAAGAAAAGAUCAAAAUUCGAGAGGAAUUUAAUUUGGAUGAAAAGAAAGUUAAUGAAAAUUUAGAUGUAAUCGAGGAGUGGUGUGAAAAGCAGGAACAUUUAAAAGAAGCCCUUCAAUACUUCGAUCGUAAACUAUUAGAGUAUAUUCACAUUUUGGCUAGGGGAUCCAUCGAAGCGACAAAAACAAAGAUUGACAAGAUAUUAACUACAAGAGGCUUAUUAUCAGAACUAACACUGAAUAUGUCAAUCGAUGAAUUCGAAAACUUUUCGGAAAAUAUGUUUAAAGUAAUCAUGAAAGUCGAAGGUUUGAACAUUAAGUGGAUCAUACUUAUUACAAGUAUCGGCGAUCAGAGGUCACGGCACGAUUAUAGUAUAUGCGAUAGACACAUAUUAGACUUUAAAAAUAUGAAUAUUAAUAUAGUUUCAAAAAUAAAUCCAAUAACCUUAAAGAAAGUACAAGUUCUGGGUACGGAAACAUAUGGAUUAAGAAUCAAAGGAAUACAUUUCGUAAAUACUCCGCCGCUGGCAGCUAAACUCAGUAAUUUACUUAAACUUAUUUUCAAAGAUAAAAUAUCAAGAAGAAUACACGUUCACGCCUCAUAUGAAGAACUACACAAGGAAAUACCCAAGGAAGUAUUACCUGGGGAUUAUGGUGGUGACGGACCUAACUGUGCACAAAUAGCUGAACAAUGGAAAGAAUAUCUUAAAACAGAUAAAGCUAGAAAAAUAAUGGAAAUAUCAAAUAAAAUGAAAAGUGAUGAAUCUAAACGAAGUUCCAUCAAAUUUAAUGAAGAGUAUUUAGGAAUGUCAGGAACUUUCAGAAGUCUAAACGUAGAUUAGACUAAAUAUAAAGCAUUUGAAUGUCAUUUUGAAUUAUACACUGUAUAUGUAUUUUCUGGGAAGUUAAUAUUUUAAUAAGAUAUAUUAAUA